AUCGGUACGUCCCUCCCUAUGCGCUCUGAUUGGCUAUGGAGAGGCCUGUUUGUUGUGAGGGGGACGGAGGUCGCCAUCUUGUUCCCGGCGGUAACUGAGGCUGGGUGCCUACCGGUACCGAGAGCCCAGUGCUGAAGAAUGUCCCUGGAGACCUAAGAUUUGCAUUCAUUGUAGUGAGCGUGUCAUAGCGCGCCCAGUUGUUCACCUUCUCCGGCGAGUGCCCCGGUUUUCGCUGCUGCGGCUGAGGAUGAACGGAGGAUAAAUGGUGCCCAAACCGGACAGCGGCACCUUCCUUCUGCUCUUUUUGCUUGUUCUUACACUGACUGAGCCGCUGCGGCCAGGUCCACGAAUAGUUCUGGCAAGACUGCAAUCAGAGCUGCGCUGCACCCCAGGGCAGUUUGCUUGCCACAGUGGUACCAUACAGUGUAUCCCCCUGCACUGGCAGUGUGAUGGAUGGCCGGCAUGUGAAGAUGAGAGUGAUGAGGUCAACUGUCCAGGUCUGGCUGGAGACCAGCGAACAUUUCAUGGAAAAGAGAGCGUGGACACACGUUUUAACAGAGGUCGGAGUGGGGAAACCCCUCGAUUCCAUACAGUGAAUUUUGCCCAGCCUGUCCGUUUCAGCAGUUUCCUAGGAAAAUGCCCAUCAGGAUGGCAUCACUAUGAAGGAACAGCCAGCUGCUAUAAGGUAUAUUCAUCAGGAGAAAAUUACUGGGAUGCUGUACAAACAUGUCAGAAGGUAAAUGGGUCUCUGGCAACGUUCACUACAGACCAGGAGCUGAAAUUCAUUUUGGCCCAAGAGUGGGACAUGGAAGAAAGACCAUUUGGAAGGAAGGAUCAGCAGAGAUUGUGGGUUGGAUACCAGUUUGUUAUUACCAGCAGGAACCAUUCUAUGGAGGGUCAUUGGGAAGUCGCAUAUAAAGGAUCUGCUGAGGUUUUCUUGCCACCCGUGCCCAUCUUUGGAACAGCAAUGUCAGACAAUGAGAAUAUCUUGUGUGCCCAGUUGCAAUGCUUUCAUCUGCCAUCUUUGAGACAUCUGGGUCUGCACAGCUGGUAUGCAGAAAACUGCUAUGAAAAGUCAUCUUUCCUCUGCAAGCGAAGCCAGACAUGUGUCGAUAUCAAGGACAACAUUGUUGAUGAAGGCUACUACUUUACACCUAAGGGAGAUGACCCAUGCUUGAGCUGCACAUGCCACAAUGGUGAGCCAGAAAUGUGUGUGGCUGCUCUUUGUGAAAGACCUCAGGGCUGUCAGCAGUAUCGCAAGGACCCCAAGGAAUGCUGCAAGUUUACUUGCCUUGAUCCAGAUGGAAGCAGCCUUUUUGACUCUAUGGCCAGUGGUAUGCGAUUGAUUGUGAGCUGCAUCUCCUCUUUCCUUAUUCUGUCUCUUCUGCUCUUCAUGGUUCAUCGUCUAAGACAGAGACGCAGGGAACGUAUUGAGUCCUUAAUAGGAGCCAACUUGCACCACUUCAAUCUUGGCCGCAGAAUGCCAGGCUUUGACUAUGGACCUGAUGGUUUUGGCACAGGCCUGACACCACUUCAUCUGUCAGAUGAUGGAGAGAGUGGGGCAUUUCACUUCCAUGAGCCACCUCCACCUUAUACAGCUUACAAAUAUUCUGAUAUCCAGCAUCCAGAUGAUCCACCCCCACCCUAUGAAGCAUCCAUUAGUCCUGAUAUCAUACUGUGCUCAAGUCCAGAUCAAGUGAGUCACCAAGCUGCUGUCCUGGGCCAAUUGUCAACUGCAAGCAGUAGCAAUGCAUCCACCCCUCAAACAACAGAAGAGCCCUUGCCCCCAGCAGUGCCAUGUCUUGCCCAAUCUCAAAGUGACACCACAAGCUCUGGGGAUGUCAGUAGUACUUUGCUGGUGUCCCCCAAAACCCUGCAGAAUGAAGCCUUCACUAUUGAUACUCAAUCUGGACCUUCACCUAGCAAUUGCUCUCUCAACACUGUUGUUUAAAACCGCUUACCAACGGCUGCCAGCCAUGCUGGAUUUUGGGGGCAAAGCAAAACAGUGCACUCUUUGGAUGUAGCUAUGUCCAAAUGAAAGGCAGGAUUAAGCUCCUGGAACUUACAUUCUUAGUUUAGGGGUAUUUGGAGUCAUUUUUCUUUCUUGUUAACCCCUUUGCUACCUAAGAUCUCAGCCUCAUGUUGCAACGUUCCACCGGCAGCUCUUGUUAAGCAGGCGGUCAAGCCUGAUCUUGAAAUCCAGAGUGAUCUAUCAUGUAAAUAUUACAUUUCAAAUACUGCACUUUCUUCAUUCCCCCAUAAGUGUUAUUUUGUCAGAGAGAGAGUGGGAAGAACAAAGUAUACUCACCUCUACAUUUUUUAUACAGUGUGGGACUGGAUUUUAUGUUUUCUUGAAUUACAUAACUUGCAAUAAUCAUGCAAGAUCCUUAACCACAGAACUCCAUCACAGAGGGUGCAGCAGUGAAAAUGCACUUGAAUUUUAAGGACAUAAGGAUUAUCUUUUUCCAGUAGGGAAAAUGGACACAUUUGGCCGCUUUCUGACCUCUGUCUUGAAUCCAAACUCCACAUAUUUCUCUGAACAUGUUUAAUAUGAGGUUGUUGGUAUGUGAGUGGUGAGUGGAUGUUUACCCUUUUUUGUUUUGCAGUGUCUAGAUAAUCUCUACAUUCGGGACCAGAUGCUAAGAUUUUUUUUUUUUCUGCCCAAAAAAUCCCAACUCCACCAUUUUAGGUGCUGCCACUUUGCAAUAAAACUUCGUGUUUCUCCAAAUUUUAACCCUGCCUUAGUUCAGGGGAUCUCCAGCUGUCUAUAUACGUAUGUAAGCAAAAGCCAGUGCACACUGGGAGCUUUCCAACCUAGUUCUAUUGAAUUAACGUUUCAGUCCUAACCUGGGACCUUUAUCAAGAUAUAUGUAUCUCCUAUCAUAUCUGGAUGCUGGACUUUCUGUUGAGUAUAUUGUAGGAAGGUCAUUUUUGGAGAUGCAAGUACAGAACAUGCAUGUGAGAGUUAAUGUAAUAGUAAAACAGUUUGAGCUGUUGGUGCUGGUAUUAUCUCCUUUGCUAAUAUUGCCAUUUUGAAUGCCAUGCAUCGCCAUCAUCAUGUUUGCCCAUGAUAAUUUACAUAUGACAAGACAAUGUACUGGAAACGGUUUAAUGGUAAAAUCGAAUGAAAUAAGCUUUGUGAGCAUGGCUCUGGGUCUCAGAUAUUUUUUAAAAAGUAAAUCAUUAAAAAUUUGGAAAAUUAUUUUUAUUUAAUAUAUAAUUGAAGCGCUAUAGAAAUCCAGAAUGAAGACAGACUUGUUGGUAUUGGAUAAAUGCAAGUGACAAUUUAUUCUAUAUAUCAAUAAUUUCUUGGUCUAUGUUUUCCAAAAUGAAAAAAUGAGAGCAAUAUCACAUUAUUUGGCAUUACUACUUUGUUGCUGUUGUUUCUGUUUAUGGCUGAGCUGUGCAAAGAACAAAAUUAAAGGUUGGGGGUUACUAGAUUCAUCAAAAGCUUCAUGAUCUUUGGGAUUGGUUUACUCAAUGACUUCCUUGCUCACAUAUAAUGCUUUAGCCUGAAGAGCUUGCACAAUCAAGGAAGUAGUUAAUGGGUUCCACUGCCAAUUGAUGUUGUCUGUGUCUUCCCCAGUACAGUGCAGCCUGAUUAUUGUGUGACUAAGACAAGCAUCUCCAGUGAUAUUGGAAGGAAAAAUGACUAGAUAUCAGAGUCUAGCUAACAUUAGUUAAAAUACUACCCCUUGGUGACAAGAUGCCCAUUGUUUACUAGAUCUGUGGAUUCUUGCUGGGUCCCACCCGAUGGCAUAGCUGUAAUGCGCAUAGAAAGAUGUUUAACAGCUCAGCUACUACAAAGCCUAUGAAGAUGUGUAAAGAUCCAUAAAAUAAUCACGUAGCCACCUUCCUGGUGUAGUGUUUUAGGACAAUCCAGAACAGGCAGGGGGGGCCCAUUAGUUUGGGAGACGCUUAUCACCACUUCUUUAGACACAUUUUAUAACCAGCCUGGUUAGUGUCAUCUUGGAAAGUUAUGGCAUAAAUGUCAGUGCUUCGCUUUGGUGCCACUUGUGCAGAUUCAAAAAUGUAGGUUUACAGUUCUAGCUUUUAUUUGGUGCAAGAGCUCGAGCUCAAGACUAUGGUUUCUAAACUAGCUUGUGCUGUGAAUGUGUAGGCUGCUAUGCUGGGUCCAUUGUUUAGUGUUUCUUAGAGAUAUGUUGAUUAUACGUAAUUCAUGUGAACAUAGAUAUGAAAAAUUAAAACUUUUUUUUUUUUUUUAAUAUUUCUACAUAUGAUGUCUUCACAUGGCAGUUAGUUGAUGUCUAUAACACUAGUGCGAUUAAUUGUUAUGGGGCUCUUGCACCGCAAAAAUAUCUGUCCCAGUUUGUAGUGCGAUAUGACCACUUUGAUUUCAGGUUUCAAUCUUCCUUUCUGCAGAAUUGUGCAUUUUCCUCUAGGCUUGUAUCACCACUGCACAACUCUGCAUUCUAUACAGAAGAGUCCAUAUCCCUUUAUAAUGAGUCAGGAAUGUGUAGUCCUUCUCAUGGCAGGAGGAGUAUAGGAAUGUAUAUGUCCUUGACAUGGCUGCUUUUGGUCUCAUCCUCAAAGUUUGUGACUGAAUCUAACCUGUGGCUGUGUGUAAAUAGUUUUGAAACAACUUGCAGGAUGACACAUGAAACUGUAUCUUACAGACCAUGUGAAAAUAUCAUAUUUUUACCAUUUUACACAAUUUGCUGUUUUUUUUUCCUUCUGUUACUGUGAGAAUCAUUCAUUCAAAUGCCAAAAUUAAACUGUAUUCUGAAAAAAAAAA